CUCUGGCUUUGGUCCAAGCAACAGCAUCGAUAUCAAUAAGAACAAUAACGAUAAUAACUCAUCGGAUACGGAAUCAAUUUCCUCUACCGCAUCAACACCAACAACAUACUCGUUCACAUUUCUCCCAGGAAUGAUUGAAAUACCACGACCGGAAGCUUUUAGUCUGCCACCUACUUUUGCACUUGAUAUUGAGAUUCCACAUUUCGCGCUCCGACGUCGAAACGCAGUUGUUGAAGCGGUGUUAGAGUGUCCACUUAUUUUCUAA